AUGCAUUUCGACCCCGUCGACUUGGAUUUGUUUAUUAAAGGAUCAGUGAGAAAACUAGAGGUUCUUAAGUAUGUAUACCUACCUAAUGGAGACACUACCCAAGUAACUCAUGUGGGAUCCUGUGCUGUAUCAGAUAGCAGUGCCAUUUCCAAUGUCUACUACUUGCCUGAAUUUAAGCACAAUCUGAUGUCCGAUCUUUACACUGGGAAGGUGAAGGAAGUUGGAGAAAAGUCAGGGGGCUUUUAUACACACAAACAUGUCACAGAUGAAAAACCUACUGCAUUGGCUGCCACACAAGUCCUCUCAAAUAUGGAGGUGUGGCAUCAAAGGCUAGGUGAUGUAUCAUCUGCAGUGUUAGCUAAGAUCUUUGAUAUGAAUAACGAAAUAUUUCUGAAGUAUGUUACAAAUCAAUUUGCUAAGACUGUUAAGGUGAUAAGAACUAACAAUGGUACUGAGUUUGUCAACUCAGUGUGUGACACCAUGUUUAAGGAGUUGGGAAUUAUACAUCAGAGGUCUUGUCAAUAUACUCCUCAGCAGAAUGGGGUGGCUGAAAGGAAGAACAUACAUUUGCUUGAAGUCACAAGGGCACUAAGGCUAUAUGGCAGUAAGCCAAGGCUGUCUCAUUUCAGAACAAUUUGGUGUUUAUGCUUUGCCAAGAAUCUAAAAGAACAUGAUAAGAUGCUACCAAGAUCCACAUCAGCAGUUCAUAUGGGAUACUCAGAAAUUCAAAAAGGAUAUGUAUUAUUUGAUUUAUCUACUACAACAUUCUUUGUCAGUAGGGAUGUUCUAUUCAUAGAAGAUGUGUUUCCCUUCUCACAAGCAAAGGAAUCUCUUGCACAACAUAUGUUUAAAGAUGUGUUACAGGGCUCAGAAGUGUUUGUUCAGGAGUUGAAUAUCACAGUUCAUGUGUCAUCUAGUUGUAAUAGAAGUGAACAGAUUCAGUGUAAAGAGAUCAGUGAUCAGGUAGUUGCUUCACCUGAUCACUCAGAUGAGUAUGAUGCUAGAGACCUGUCAACUGAUGAUAACAUUCAGGUAGCACCAAUUUCAGAAAUUCAAGAGGAUGUUGCACCAACUGAGCAUAGAAGACUUGUAACUUACUCAGAGGCUACUAAGGAUUACAGAUGGGUAGAAGUUAUGCAGGUUGAAGUGCAGGCUUUGGAAAACAACAAGACUUGGGUGAUCACUGAUUUGCCACAUGGGAAGAAACCUAUAGGAUGUAGGUGGAUAUACAAAGUCAAAUACAAGUCUACAGGGGAAAUAGAAAGGUUCAAGGGUGAUCUAGAAGAUGAGAUAUACAUACAACUUCCUCAAGGCUUUGUCAGUCAAGGGGAGAGGUCAGAAUCUGGAGUUUGUAUUGUACUUGUAUAUGUGGAUGAUAUACUAAUCACUGGCAGCAGUCUUCAGUUGAUUAAAGAAACAAAACAGUCACUACAAAAGGUUUUCAAGAUGAAGGACUUAGACUGGGCUUCUUGUCCAUUUACCAGAAGGUCUGUCACAGGUUACAUGGUCAAGAUAGGUGAUUAUUUGGUGUCUUGGAAAGCCAAAAAGCAGAACACAGUCUCUAGAAGUUCAGCUGAAGCUGAGUACAAGAGCCUGGCUUCUACUGUUUCAGAGUUAGUAUGGUUACUUGGAAUGUUGAAAGAAGUGGGAGUUGAAGUUCAAUUGCCAGUGCAAGUCUAUAGUGAUAGCCAGGCUGCUAUACAAAUUGCUGCAAACCCAGUCUACCAUGAAAGGACAAAACAUAUAGAGAUUGACUGUCACUUUAUAAGGGAAAUGAUACAACAAGGCCUGAUCAAAGUAGACUACAUUCCUACACAAGAACAGCCUGCCGAUGUGUUGACAAAAGGACUAUCCAGAUUGCAACAUGAAUAUCUGUUAUCCAAGCUAGGAGUGUUAAACAUCUUUGUUCCUCCUAGCUUGAAUGGGAGUAAUGAGAUAUUCCUUGUUGACAAGCUAGUUAAAGAAUUUAGUUAA